AAAGAGUUGCACACGAUCGUCGCCAUCAUGGGCUGCGGGACAAGCAGUACGGCGAUCGGCCGCGGCCGUCUCCGCGCCGACAAGGAGCUGCACUUGCCGUCGACGGAACUGCAUUUCAACGCCGGUCAGAUGCAACGGCUCAACGACAACUUCCUGCGCGGUUACGAGAACACGGAUGACUUACCUACUAGUUCAUCAUCAUUAAACGUUGAAGCAAUAGUUAAUCGUAUUAUUCAACGUUUGUUGUGUGGAAUUGGGAAGUUGGACAAACGAUUCGCCUGCAAGUUUUUGGUCACCGCAGAACCCAUGUCAUCUUCAAUAAAGUUGUCCAAAAGCUUUAGUUACUACAUAAGACUUGACGUAUUGUCAGAACCAAAAAUUUAUGAAGACGACUUUGACUACCAAGUAAGAUGUGUAGUGGAGGAAGACGGUGUACCCCAAGGCUUUGCUAAAAUCCGACUAGUGACCAAUGAACCCGAGAAAUGGGCCGAUUUAAUUGACAAUGACGGAUAUCUCAGACGUGACAAACUGAAAUUGCGCUUCGUCGAGUUGCUGGCCAAGUCAGCUUCUUGCAAGAGCGACUUCGUUGGUCGACCCGAAGACGUGGACGAAAGUUACUUGUGCGGAUGUCCCGGCAAGAUCGUAGACGCGGGAUUGCUGCACGAGAUCCUAAAGAACCCCGCCGACGAACAAGUGUUUUUCGGGAUGGGUAGCACCGGGUCCAGUAAGUUUCCCGACCCAAGAGACCUGAGGAUUGCCGUCGUCGAAGACGCGCAGUGCGUCAAGUUGCGCAUAUCUGGUCCGAAAACGUCCGGCGAUAUCGCCGUGGUCCUCCUGCCCGCCAUCGAGUUUUCCGGUUGGCCAAAGUAUACAGACAUCCUGUCCAGAAUACCGCUCACGCAUCCAGACAUUCUCAUACACCAACAGGCCACGACUACGGGAUACUACGCGGUGCCGGUGGCGCCACACCUGACGGUCCGGUGCUACGACCGGCCGGCCACUUGGCAGAUGAGAUUCCCGGCGGCCGAGUGUCUGUACCAGACGCACUACUCGGAACGGAGCGUGGUGAGCAACAUCUAUCACUUCCUCCGGACGAAGGUGCCGCUGCUGCGGAAGGGCGACAACGGCGUGUGCGUGGCCAGCGGUUACAUGCUGAAGACGCUGCUGUGGUUCCGGCUGGAGGCGUGCGGCCGCGUCGAGGACUGGGACCACCGGCGCGUGGCCGAGCACGUGCUGUCCGUGCUCGACGCGCUGGUGGCCGCGCUCAAGGCCCAGCACCACCGGUCGUACUUCUACCCGUACGCCAACGUCGUGCUGAACGCGCCGCGGGCCUGCCGGACGAUGGUGUCCGAGGACGAUUACCAGAACGACGUGGAGAUCGUCGAGGCGUACAUGUACGGGCUGUUCGAGAAGUCCAUGGGCAGCGACUCGAUCGUCACCGGACAGGCGUUCCAGAACACGGACGCGGACUACUGGCAGAACCUGGAGUCGGUCAUGAUGCACAAGUGGUACCGGGUGCUGGACACCAUGGACCCGAAGCCCCGGCGGUUCGAAUACUCGAGGAAACAAGUGGAGUACAUCGGCGAAGUGUUCAAGGGAAUGUUGGCCACCAGGCACUGCGUGGCGACGGGCGCGGCGGAAUCGUCGUCCGCGUGGCACUUCCUGACGGAAGAGAAGAUUCCGCGGUACAGCACCGGGUCGGUGGCCGGAGACGAGAUCGGGCUGGACGCGGCGUACCUGGUGUCGGUGGUCGCGGAACAGGCGCUGGCCAUUUACGGCGCCGGUCGAGACAAGAAGGACGGCGACCGGAAGCGGCGGCCGUUGCGCUUGGCCGAAGAGAGGAAGAGCGGCGCCGGCGGUGGCCGCCGCGGUCGGUGUCUCGCGGGACGCCAGCGACGGCGGCCACACUCCGCCGGUGGCGGCGGACCGGAAGCGGUGCGCCGGUUGCUGUGCGACGUGUACGCGGACGCCACGGCGGCCGACAUCGGCGGCGACUCGGACCUGGUGCGGUUCGUGCUGGGGCGGUUGCACGCGGCCGCGGCCGUCUCGACCACCGACUUCCGGGCGCCGUGGUGCCGGCGGCGCCGCGCCGGACUGGGCCCGCCGCUGUCGCUGUUCUUGCGACAGCUGUACGACGUGUCGCACAACACUUGUUGGCACCUGGACGAGUGGCGGCGACGGUGGGACAGGGACGAGCUGCGUUCGUUGGGCGCGUUUGCCAGACUCCUGUGCAGGGACGAGGUGCGGCCCACCGACGCUCUGUUGGACGCCAUGCAAAAAGGGUGGUCGUGGGCCGACAAAUUGCUGUUGGCUGCCGUCGAAUUCCGGGACGGCGUGGACAUAAUCUGCACGCCGAGUCCGGGGGACGUGCAGCGUUUCAGUAUAUCGCUUUCGGAACCCGAACAGGAAACAUUCGCGUCCCGCAGCCUGGGCCGGGCCGCGGACAGACAACGGUAUUCCGCUCGGGCGGACACGGUAUCCAAUAAAUUCAAAACGGUUAGAGGCAUGUCGUUUUUGGACGCAGACAGCUCGCUGAACGACAAGAAAAACGCUCCGAAAACCACCGUCACCUCGUUCGCACGUCUACAGCGGCAAAGCCCCAUGACCGCGACGAUCGCGUCCAACAGAUACAGGAGCAACCACCGGGUGCUGGGAAACAUCGUCAACGCCUUGAUAAACCUACAAAAGUACACAGUGUUGCAGGAAAUGUGUUCGGUGCUGCCGGAGGACAAGCAGGGCCCGGUGCUGGACGACAUCCGGAAGAUCAGCAAGGAGAGACGGCGGCAACGGGGCGCGGCGCCGGCGUUCGCGUCUUCGGCGAUGGCGGCCAGCCGCGGCCGGUCGCCGGCCGACGGACUCGUCGGCGUCUACCGGUCCACGUCCGAACUGUCGUACGCCUGCGAGCCGGCCCCGACCGCGGACGAGGGCGACGGUCGCGGGUCGAGCGGCCCGCGGACCGCGGCCGACGCGGCCACUCUGAUGGCCACGGUGCGCGCGGCCCGUCGCAGACAGUCCAUGUCCGCCACCGUGGUGUACAACCCCGCGUUCUACGACGCGCCCGACUCGGCGCCCGCGGCCACUACGCCGGCCAUCAACCCGGCGGGCCAGCCGUAUCUGCGCAUGACGCCCGAAAACGGGUUCAGCCUGCACAGCGAGCGGCGGCCGUCGCCGGGCCCGGAAGCACUGCGGUGAUGCCGCCGCUAAGGAAUGACCGAUGCGACGCGGAGGAAACGGCGGCCGAUCCGCCGAUUUACAGUAAUUGUUGUAUUGUUAUGUGGGAGAACCACGACCGCGGUCACGUAAUAGUAUUAUAAUAUGUUAGGUCGCCCCCCCCCCAAACAUGGCCGUACGCAAUGCGACCGUUAAAACACAAAUAUAAAAUUGUUUUCGACCAAAUGUCAAUACCGCGUUUAACGGCAAAUCAUAACACAUGUAUAUUGUUAUGUUUACCUACCCGUAAUAAUAUUGUUAUUGUAUAAUAUUCGAGCGUAUAAUACAAUCGAAUUACGCGUUAUCGCGUUCGCGUAUUUAAAUUCAAUGUCUCAAUAGUACGCGAUAUUAAAAAAAAAAUGUUUGUAGUUUUCUAUUAAUAAUAUAUAUCACGUUCAAUGUAGAUUUCCUAUAGGCUGGUUCUGUGAGGCCGCUGUGUUUAAGUCAUUAUCCAUUUAUAUGUAUUUAUAUUUUUUAUCGAAGUCGAUAAGUCGAUCUGCAUUUUUUUAAACGUUUUCCUUUUCUAUAACCCAAUACAAUUAUUGUUACUUAUAAUAAAAUCAUUGACAUAACAAAUUCAGAUUUGUAAAAACGACUCGAUCGCCUAUAGUAUUCUUCAUUAACUUCCUUAUCAUUCAUUGCAGUUAGUAAUCUAUUCAAACACAUCAAAUUAGACGUUAUUUUUCGAUGAUUUUUAUUUUAAUAAAAUACAAAAAGCGUAAAAUUUAAAACGUUAUACAGUGUGUACUAGUAGGUAUAUAAAUUUGUAAUUAAAAACUUAUAACUAAUUAUAAUUUAAUAUAUGCACAAAUAUUAUGUUAACGUUCAACUAUUAUAUAUAAAAUUUUGUUUGUCAUUCAAAUUAUUUAUGUAUAAUGCAUUUUUCAGUUGCAUACUCAACCGUGCACAUACACCGAUAGGAUUUUAUUGGACACGAACUUUAAAAACCUUUAAUGUUCGUCGAAUUGGAGCAGAUAUGAUAAGACGGUCCAAUUUUACGUGUGAGUUCAUGAGUUCGAAUCUCACACUAACGACUAACGUACUGUUAUCUUCUAAUUUCAAAUAAAUCUCCUAUGGACGACUGAGUUAAUAAUAACUGGAACCCAGAACUUGAUGAUCUGAAAAUCUAUAUAACAAAAACAAAUGAUGAAUACUUUAAAACAGAAACAAAUUACGUGCUGUUUGUUCGCAGACGCGUCUGUUGCUAAUACAUCAUUUUUUCGCUCACGAUAUAGAUAUUUAAAUUAGUUAAAAAUUAAUAAAUAAUAAAAGCUACAAAAUAAAAAAAAAAAACCUCACCUAACUAUUUUUUUUAAUUUUGUAUGCAUGAGAAAUAAAAAUAAAGAUAUUGAUUAUAUUAUCUAGUCUAACGCAAAAAAAAGAUGCAUACAAAUUGAUUUCAAACAUUAAAUAUCACUGUUAUAAAUUAUAAAUCUUAAUAGAUUAUUCAAGAACCAUUUUUUACUCAAUGCCUUUUUAAGUUAUUUAGUCGAAAAUAUUAGGAUAUCGUGUAAUUAGUCCUGAACGAAAACGAUUUAAAAUGACGUAGUGAAAUGUACACUUUUAAAAUUAAAAAGUUUUUAAAAACUAAAAUAUUUCGU